UGUAUACAAGCGCGGUGAUCAGAGAAUUCAGAGAAGUCACCUUUCAAAAUUUUUUCAACACCGCACAAUUUGUUUGUAAAAUAAUUCUAUAUGGCAUCGCUGGCGCAGUUUACCCCUGAAACAGCAAAAGCUGCAUUAACGGAUAUUCUCGGGGCGUUAAAUUCGCCAGACAAUGUACAAAAAAUAACCGAAGCUAAAGAAAAUUCUGGCAACGAAAUGCUGAAGAUGAUGCAGUUUGUCUUUCCAAUUGUCACACAAAUUCAAAUGGAUGUUAUAAAAAAUUACGGUUUUCCCGAAGGCAGAGAAGGUACCGUACAAUUCGCGCAACUCAUUAGGACCCUCGAACGGGAUGAUCCUGAGAUUGCGCAGCUUCAUGGUCAAGUUCGUGCCUAUUUUUUACCACCUGUAACUAUAAGUUCGUCGACAGAGGCAUCGCUUUAAAACUAUCAUAUAUAUUUUUAAACACCAAAACUAUUUAAAAAAAAAAUUCAAACGAAAGUAUUCGGAAUUAUUAUUAAAAUUAUUUUAUAGAUAUAUAUUAACUAGGAACGGAUUAUAAUUAUAGAACUAUUUAUAAUAUACAUGUAUAAAGCAUUUAUUAACUUUAAGGCAAGUUUCCGUGGGAUUCCCUAUUCUUAUUGUUAAGUAUAAAUUAUUACAUUUUCUUUUUCACAAAUGUAGAAUUGUAUUAUAUUGUAUAAGUAUAACUUAAUAAAUUACUUUCCAUCAGAUUUAUAAUUGUUUCCCGUUGAAGAA